AAGUCCACGGCCAGAAUCUGGUGCAUACCCAGAUAAACCGUCGACGCAAACUUACCACAAGCAGCGCUAAUACUUACCACUGCUAUGGAAGAUUUACCGAAGGAUCAAGUAGCUCUAUUGAAAAAAGCCUUUGAUGCUUUCGAUCAUGAAAAGAAGGGAAGCAUUGGCACCAACAUGGUGGGCACGAUAUUGACCAUGUUAGGUUACGAACUCAGCGAAAAGACGCUACAGGAAAUCAUUAAAGAAGUAGACGAGGAUGGCUCCGGAGAACUCGAGUUCGAGGAGUUCUGCACCCUGGCUGCUAGAUUCUUAGUAGAGGAAGACUCAGAAGCUAUGCAACAAGAAUUACGAGAAGCAUUCCGGUUAUAUGACAAAGAAGGCAAUGGCUACAUAACUACCGCAGUGUUUCGCGAUAUUCUUCACGAACUCGAUGAUAAGCUGUCACCGGAAGAACUUGAUCUAAUGAUCGAAGAAAUCGAUGCUGAUGGUUCAGGAACGCUCGAUUUUGACGAGUUUAUGGAAGUCAUGACGGGAGGCGACGACUAAAGCAAGCCGAGCUGAUAAUGAAGAUGAGCACUCGAAGGUUUGGUUUGUUAGCCGCGCAAUUGGCAACGCUCAUCAGAGAGAGCUUACCUCCUUCAUCAUCCAAACUUUUGCAAACUAUUAAACUACGGCCGAGCGGAAAAUUGGACGUUUACGAUCAUCCGUGGUAUCGUUGGCUGAUGGUCGGCAGCUUUCAUUUUCAUUUUGCAAGGUGAAGAUUACAUUUCCGUACGCUUUCGGUGCCAGGAGCAGUGAAAAUCACGGAGUGCCUCGAAUAAAUCGAAAUGAUUUAUACGCGUUUCUAUGCGUAAAAUUUAAGUAGCGAUGUAAAUUUCUUCGUCACGGUAAAAUGAAUAUGCGCGCAAAGCUCCUACGCAAUUAUCUCUAGUCGUUGAUUGACGUCGCGAAGAAAGUUAUAGUUUUCUACUCUGAGAAUAUCAUUAUGAUAGAUUUUGAUUUGAGAGUUUAUACGUGAAAGUACGGAGAAGCUUGAUAUAUUACAUAAUUCAUAUGUGAUAAAUUAUUAAAUUUUUUGCGCCUACGUAAAUAUUACGUCCUUUCUUUUAUGCAUGAGUGCAUUGCGCCUGAAUAAUAUUACCCGGUGCUCAAAAUAGCACACCGUGUUCAAGUGUGCGAGGCGCUACUUUCUUAAUUGACAUCAAUACUACGACAAAUUCUAUAAUUUCUCAAACAUGAGAUUAUUUUAUGAAAUCGUAACUUUCUUUUACCAUUUUUGUAAUAUGUAUUACUUACGCAAUGUGUAAUACAGUAAUCAGAUUUAAAACAAUUGUGAUUAUCUAUUAUUGUUAGCAAUUAACAGUUUCAAUUUGCGUUGUAAAAUAAAUAUAUUUUUUCUACAA